AUGCUUCCAGAAAAUGAGCAGCUGAGACAGAUUUUCCAUCCAAUCAUAGCGCAAACGAUACUUAAAUCAAUCACCAUCAUAUCCUCACCGUACCACGUCGGGUUCUACAACCGUGGCGUCGGAGCAGGACCAGACUUCAUCCGAUCGCUGGGUGUUGUACAGGCGUUGAAGGACCUCGGCGUACCCGUCAACGAGAUUGAGAUUGAACCAGUUGACGAGUUUGAAGGAGAAGAGAGGCGCAGCUUCGAGCUGUUCCGUCGCACCUCAACUCUCGUUUCCGAAGCGCACAACAGCAAUUCAUUUCCCAUUAUUCUCUCGGGAAACUGCAGUGCUGCCGUUGGCGUGGCAGCUGGGUAUAAUCGGUCUCUGAGAGCCCGUGAGACGGGAGAGAAGCUAGGUUGCGUAUGGUUUGAUGCACAUGACGACUAUAACACUCCCAAUACUGUCGUGAGCGGCUACUUUGACUCGCAACCUAUUGCUAUGCUGGCUGGGGAGUGCUGGAAGGGGAUACUAGGGUCGGUACAGGGACAUGAGGUGAUGGAUAUUCGGGGGAAACUUGUGCACGUUGGCUUGCGGGAUGUGAACGAGGUUGAGCGACAGCGGGUUCUGAACGCCGGGUUCGACGUCGUAUGGGGAGAUGAGAAUGGCGGCAGAAUGGAGUUUGCGGGGCGUCUACGUGGCUUCCUGGAGAAAAAGGAUCUGGGGCCUGACAAUGCUGCAUUUUGA